AUGCUUCUGCGUGGCAUUGCCAAGACCCAACUCGCUCGCACCCCUUCGCGCAGCAUUUCGCAGAAAACCUACACGCUGAACAACGGUACUAAGCUGCCUGCGAUUGGCUUCGGUACGUUCCAGGACAAGGAGCAGCAGGAAAGUGCAGUGUACAACGCGCUUAAUGCCGGUGUCAAGCAUAUCGACACGGCCAAAGUCUACGAUACCGAAGAUUUCAUAGGCAGAGCGAUCCGCAAAGCUGGCGUGCCACGCAACGACUUGUUCCUCACGACCAAACUGUGGUGCAAUGACUUCCAUCCCGACGACGUCGAGCCUGCGCUCGAUGAAGCCCUAGCCAAACUGGACACCCCAUUCAUCGAUCUGUUUCUCAUGCACUACCCUUGCACCUUUAAGAGGGGUUCUGAGCGCUUCCCCAAGGGCGAAGACGGCGUGAUGCAGAUGGGCGACACCACCUACGUAGACACGUGGAAGGCUAUGGAGCAGCUCGUGAACAAGGGAAAGGCAAAAGCCAUUGGAGUGUCCAACUUCAGCAAGAGCGAAGUACAAGGCCUUCUCGACAACGGUUCCAUGGUCCCUGCUGUGCACCAAAUGGAGCUUCACCCAUACCUUCAGCAGAAGAAUUUCGUGGAGUGGCAGAAGUCCAAGGGCAUUCACAUGAUGCAGUUCAGCCCGCUCGGUAACCAGAAUAACUUCUACCGUGACAUUUACUGGGCGUCAGGCAAGGCCGACAGCAUUCGUCUGAUCGAUGAGCCUAUACUAAAGGAAGUCGGCGACAAGUACGGUAAGAGCCCCGCCCAAGUUGCGCUGGCGUGGGGUCUCGCGCACGGCCGUUCCGUGAUACCCAAGAGCGUCAUCGAUUGGCAGAUCAAAGAGAACCUCGAGAGCGAUUUUUCCCUUGACAUCGAGGAUAUGGAGAAGAUUGGCACCCUGGACAAGAAGCUCCGGUUCAACGACCCGAGCUCCGCAUACAACUGGAAGUUGUAUAGCGACCUUGAAGGUGCGUGGUCGACAUGA